CCUGCCCAGGACAGCACUGUGCUCCCAAUAUCCCAUGGCGGGGAAAGCCAGGGAGGGGCUGUGCUGGGCAGCGGCCAGCAGCGGAGCCCCGGCCUGGCCAGCUGCACCCUGUGGAUGGUCCUGCACCCCGCGGCCAUGGAGCUCAAGGUGUGGGUGGACGGCAUCCCGCGGGUGGUCUGUGGUGUCUCGGAGCAGACCACCUGUCAGGAAGUGGUCAUCGCAUUAGCACAGGCCAUCGGGCAGACGGGCCGCUUCGUCCUGGUGCAGCGGCUUAGGGAGAAGGAGCGGCAGCUGCUGCCCCAGGAGUGUCCUGUGGGCGCUCAGGCCACCUGCGGGCAGCUUGCCAGUGAUGUCCAGUUUGUGCUGAGACGCACCGGGCCCAGUCAGGGCUGCGUGCCCCCAGAGCGAUGUGCCAUGCGAGCCAGCCUUCCUCCCAAGCCGCGGGGGGCCCGUGAGCCGGGGUCCCCUGCCACUCCCACGCAGGGCCACAGCCUGGACCUGCAGGGCCUGGAGCUGCGUGUGCAGAGGAACUCCGAGGAGCUGGGCCACCUGGCCUUCUGGGAGCAGGAGCUGCUGCGGGAGCAGGCACGGGAGCGCGAGGGGCAGGCCCGCCUGCAGGCCCUGACCGAGGCCACCGCCGAGCACGCCGCCCGCCUGCAGGCCCUGGACGCCCAGGCCCGCGCCCUGGAGGCUGAGCUGCAGCUGGUGGCUGGUGCCCAGGAAACCCCACCCCCCACAGCAGCCACCAGGGAGCGGCUGUGUCAGGACCUGGCUGCCCAGGAGCGGCUCAGCACGGAGGUGCAGGCCAGCUUGGCUCUGGUGCAUCAGGCCCUGGCCGCCGCUGAUCAGGCCCUGCAGGCCCAGGCCCAGGAGCUGGAGGAACUAAACCGGGAGCUACGGCAGUGCAACCUUCAGCAGUUCAUCCAGCAGGCAGGGGCUGCGCUGCCCCCACCCCCGCGGCCAGCCACACAGCCCCUUCUGCCUCCAGCCCAAGAGGAAGCUGUCCUGGGAGCCUGCAGGCUGAGCCCCGAGGUUGCACCUCUGAGGCAGAACUGCUGGAGGUAGCAGCCCCUGGCAGCCUCUGCAGGCACGGCCCAGCUCCCUGGCCUGGAACACAAGCCCUGGAUGGCGGCAAGCUCUGACGCCCUUGCAUCCUGACCAGCCAGGACUCGUGUGUGUGUGUGUGUGUGUGUGUGUGUGUGUGUGCACGCGCGCACAGCAGACAUGGUCCCAUGGGGACACCUCAAUAAAGGCCCCAGUGGCUUCCCUGUG